AUGGAAAUAGUGGGGUGCCGAGCAGAAGACAAUUCGUGUCCUUUCCGCCCCCCAGCCAUGCUCUUCCACGGGAUCUCCGGAGGCCACAUCCAAGGCAUUAUGGAGGAGAUGGAGCGCAGAUCCAAGACCGAGGCCCGUCUGGCGAAAGGCACUCAGCUCAACGGCCGCGACGCGGGCAUGCCCCCUCUCAGCCCCGAGAAGCCGGCUUUGUGUGCUGGCUGCGGGGGCAAGAUCUCGGACAGGUACUACCUACUGGCCGUGGACAAACAGUGGCACCUGAGAUGCCUGAAGUGCUGUGAAUGUAAGCUAGCUCUGGAAUCUGAGCUCACCUGCUUCGCCAAGGACGGUAGCAUUUACUGCAAGGAGGAUUACUACAGAAGGUUCUCUGUGCAGAGAUGUGCCCGCUGCCACCUUGGCAUUUCUGCCUCUGAGAUGGUCAUGCGUGCCCGAGACUCUGUCUACCACCUGAGCUGCUUCACCUGUUCUACCUGCAACAAGACUCUGACCACAGGCGACCAUUUCGGCAUGAAGGACAGCCUGGUGUACUGCCGCGCCCACUUCGAGACCCUCUUGCAAGGGGAGUAUCCUCCACAGAUGAGCUACACGGAGCUGGCGGCCAAGAGUGGCGGCUUGGCCCUGCCUUACUUCAAUGGCACCGGCACGGUGCAGAAGGGGCGGCCUCGGAAGAGGAAGAGCCCAGCGCUGGGAGUAGACAUCGUCAAUUACAACUCAGGUUGUAAUGAGAAUGAGGCAGACCAUUUGGACCGGGACCAGCAGCCUUAUCCACCCUCUCAGAAGACCAAGCGCAUGCGAACUUCCUUCAAGCACCACCAGCUCCGGACCAUGAAAUCCUACUUUGCCAUCAACCAUAAUCCGGAUGCCAAGGACCUCAAGCAGCUUGCUCAGAAAACAGGCCUGACCAAAAGAGUUUUGCAGGUUUGGUUCCAAAACGCACGAGCCAAAUUCAGAAGGAACCUUUUGCGGCAGGAGAAUGGGGGUGUUGAUAAAGCUGAUGGCACGUCGCUUCCGGCCCCGCCCUCAGCAGACAGCGGCGCUCUCACUCCACCCGGCACUGCGACCACUUUAACAGACCUGACCAAUCCCACUAUCACUGUAGUGACAUCUGUGACCUCUAACAUGGACAGCCACGAAUCCGGAAGCCCCUCACAAACUACCUUAACGAACCUUUUCUAACAUUGGUUUUUUUUUUUUUUCCUUUUAAAAUUCUUCCUCUUCUUCUUCUUCUUCUUCUUCUAAUUAUUAUUAUUUUAUUAUUUACAAGCCCUUUUUUUUUUCUUCCUUCUAACCCACAAAAUAUUUGGGGAAUAAAAAUAACAGCUUGGUGUGUAGCAUCUGCAGCCACUUGGCAAAUGAGUUUACAGUAUUGUCUCUUUUAAGUGAACAUAUUUUGUCUACAAAGUGUAUUUGGAAUUUUUUUUUUCCUUUAAACAAUUAGGUCUUUCAAUUGGUAAGGGGAGCUUUUGAAUCAUUCUAAUAAGUGCCUCUUAAAAUUGUAUGUUACUUAUUUCCAGAAUCUCGAAGAAAAAAGUUAAGAGUGAUAUUAUGUGGGUACAUAAUCAUAUUCCUGCUUAAGUGAUUAGGUUGAUAAUGAACCAGGUAAUUAAUUAGCUAUUUUUUAAAUCUUGCAAUUGUAUAUGUGAUUAUGAAAUUUUGAAAACUUGACAUUUUUAAAAUUUUAUAACUGAAAGAAUGUAUUGAGUAUUGCUAUUUCUUACUUGAACUCUUGAUUCAAAUAAGGAAUAUGAUUAAGCAAAAGCAUUAAUAAGAACAAUUUUAAAUAGCAUUGAUUAGUUAGGUGGGAAAUUACUCCACAAAUGUGACUUUUCCUUCUUGUAGGGAUGUACAACCUAAAAACCUUCUUACUUAAUUCUUUGUUUCUUCAGUAUUUAAAAAAUACUUAAACUCCCUGUAAAACUCCUAUGAAAAUUCCACAUAGAAUUUGAAAUUCUAUACUUUUGAUCUCCAAAAGCUAAAAGAAAAAUCAACUGACAACAGCAAACACAACUCUGAAAAUAUUCUUUCUACCUUACCUUUUUUCCUAGGGAAAAUGGAAAUAAGCAAAAUAUGAUUUUUUAAGAAGUCAAAAAGUUGGUAUGAUU